GGAACCCGCCCCCGGAGGAGGUGGAGGCGGUGGUGGCCAUGGCUAGGCGGCUGUGGCGGCUUUGCAACUUCCUCAUGGCCGCCUUCUUUGGGCUGGCGGCCGCCGUGCAGGUGAACGAUCCCGACGCCGGGCUGUGGAUCGUUGUCUACUUAGUGCCAGCUGGUCUGACGUUUCUGGUCAGCAUUAACCCCUCUAUCACAGAUAACAGUGUUUGGAGAAGCCUCUGUGAUUUUCAUUCUGCUGCUUGUAUUGUCGGGACCAUUGCCUUGGCUUGCUCUUUGUUUGCCUAUGCUCAAGGAAACAUUUUACAUGAAGAGGAAGGCAGAGAGUUGCUUGGUCUGGUGAUUAUUAUAAUAUGGAUGAGUCUUUGUCACAGUUCAGCAAAGAGUCCACUGGGUGGAGUUCACUUGAUGGCUGCAGUCCUUCUCGCCCUCUUCCCCUUUAUUACAUGGCUGUACAUUUAUGUGAACAAAGAGGUGCGAGCAUCUUGGCCAACCCACUGUAAAACAGUUAUUUAAUCCAAGAAUCACAGAAUUGGGUUGGAAAAGACUUCCAAGAUCACCUAGUCCAGCUGUCCAUGGAGGAGGGGGGGAGGAGGAAGGAACAACACGACCCACCUGAACAAACCACAACAACAAAAAGCCCCACAAUCACACACCCCACAAAAAACCCACCAUGAUGCUCACUACAGCGUGCCCUGAAGUGCCACAUCUGCACAUUUCUUGAAUACCUUCAGGGAUGGUGACUCCACCACCUCUCUGGGCAGCGUGUUCCAGUGCCUAAUUGGGUGGGAGGAAGUCUAGAGUAAAUAUGCUGAGCCUUAGAUUCUGGUUCUUAAUGAAAAGUUAGUACCAGUUUGGUAAGAUCCAGGAAUGCUAGGCUCCUUCCAGCAGUGCAGUUUGAGAUUUGUUAAAAAAAUUGAAGAACACUGUCAAAUCUUAGUGGAGAAUUUUUCUAUGGAAACUGUUGUUUACUGGCUUCUUCAUACAUUUUCAAAGCACUGUUGAUCUAAUGUGUGCUCUAAUGGCAUAUUCAAGAUAUCCUGGCAUCCUUGAAUCACUCUAAUUACCUUUUACUUUGAGAAAUCUACUGUUCUGUAACAUAAGGGAAAAGUAAAGCAAACACUUUUUUUCAAUAAAUUACUUUUUGCAGCCAUAAGACUUCCAGAUACCUACCUGGAUGGUCCAUUGAGACUUACUGAAAAACUGAGUAGUCUGUAUUUUGUUCUAUGUAUAUGCAGAUUAUAUCUGAAUAAAUAUUUUUGCUAUUAUCUUUAACUGAAAAUUAUUGGGUUUAUGGAGUAAUAAAUACAAUUUUUUAAAGAAAA